GCUCGGUAUCCCGGAACAGGAAAGUCCCGGUUCAGCUUUCCCCCAUAAGAUCCUGUCUCCCCCCGCUGCUCCCCUCCCUCUGCCCCUUCCUGCUGCCGGCCCUUGCGCGGGGAGCCGCUCUGCGCCCUGCGGGACCGGGGCUGAGCCGCUGGGGGCAGGCGCCGGGGCAUGGGGACGGGGCUCUGGGGACUCUCCGGCUGGGCUCAGCCCCCAGCCCUGAGCCAGCCCUGAGCCAGCGGGCAGGGCUGUCCGGAGCCCGCGGGGCUGAGCUGAGAUCUUGAAGUUAGUGGUGGUGAGGUUGUUUUUUGUGGUUUUUAUUUUUUUUUCUUUUUAUUUUUUUUUUCUCCUCCCUUGGCGCUUCCGAAGAGACUGUAAGGUCGGCAGCCAGAGGGAGACUGGGGGAGGAGGAAGAAUUAAGGAAGGGAAAAGAUGGCGAGUUGCAGGAGCGGCGUGGAGAAAGCAGCGUUUUUGUGCUGCUUCUUGCUGGCGAGCGGGAGCCUAACCUCCUGCGCCCGGCCCGAGGAGGAAGAAGAGCAAGAAGAGCAGCGCUCCUGUCACGGUGCCUUUGAUCUCUACUUCAUUCUGGACAAAUCUGGAAGUGUCAGAAAUCAUUGGACAGAGAUUUACUCUUUUGUGGAAAGCCUGGCGGAGAAGUUUAUAAGUCCAAUGCUGCGCAUGUCUUUCAUCGUUUUUUCUUCACGAGGCACUACAAUCAUGAAAUUAACAGAAAACAGGGAAGCCAUAAGACGAGGACUUGAAAUUCUUCAGUAUGAAGUGCCUGGAGGAGACACCUUCAUGCAUGAAGGAUUUAAAAGGGCAAAUGAGCAGAUUUACCAUGAAACCUAUGGAGGAGUUCGGACUGCUAGUGUGAUUAUUGCUCUGACGGAUGGAGAGUUGCAAGAUGUUCAGUUUUAUUAUGCAGAACAAGAAGCCAACAGAGCCAGAAGCUUUGGAGCUAUUGUUUAUUGUGUUGGAGUGAAAGACUUCAAUGAAACUCAGCUGUCAACAAUUGCUGACAGCAUCGAUCAUGUUUUUCCAGUUACGGGAGGCUUUUAUGCCCUUAGAGGAACCAUUGAUUCAAUUCUCAAGAAAUCUUGCAUUGAGAUCCUAGCAGCUGAGCCAUCCAGUGUUUGUGCAGGAGAAUCCUUUCAAGUUGUGGUAAGAGGCAAUGGUUUUUAUCAUGCAAGAAAUAUCGACCAGGUACUCUGCAGCUUCAAGCUCAACGACAGCCUUACUAUCAAUGAAAAGCCAACCCUCGUUCAUGAUACUUACCUGCUUUGCCCUGCACCAGUGAUAGAAGAUGCUGGACAGGUGGUUUUCCUACAAGUCAGCAUGAACAACGGGCUAACGUUCAUCUCCAGCUCUGUCAGCAUCACCAGCACACAGUGUCUGACUGGAACCAUCCUUUUCAUUGCUCUGCUGAUUCUCUUUCUGCUGCUGGCUCUGGCUCUUCUUUGGUGGUUCUGGCCCCUUUGCUGCACAGUGGUGAUCAAGGAGCCACCUCCACCACCACCUCCAGAGCCUGAAUCAGAUGAUGAAGAUGGAUUGCCAAAGAAAAAGUGGCCAACCGUGGAUGCAUCUUAUUACGGAGGCCGAGGUGUUGGUGGAAUUAAGAGGAUGGAGGUGCGGUGGGGAGACAAAGGAUCAACAGAGGAAGGAGCAAAACUGGAGAAACCCAAAAAUGCUAUUAUUAAGCUGCCAGAGCAGGAGUAUGAGCCAUGGGAACCCAAGCCAAAAAAGCCCCACGUUAGAAAACCGCCUUCUCAGCGGAAGUGGUACACUCCAAUCAAGGGCAAACUUGAUGCACUAUGGGCUUUGGUUCGACGUGGCUAUGAUCAAGUCUCUCUUAUGAGACCACAGCCAGGGGAUAAGGGAAGAUGCAUGAACUUCACUCGGGUGAAAUCAGAUGGGACCUCUGCCCCUUACAGCCCACCGCCAAAGCUGCCGCGACGUGACGAUGUUCCUCUCAACUACGCUCCGAGAAGCCCUUCUCCUCCCGUGUCUCUGCAGCCCCCUUCCAGGCAGCCACCUCCCGGACCACCCCCAUCCCGAGCCCCUCCUGGACCUCCUCCUUCACGGCCACCUCCACAGCCCAUGGCUUAGUACAGCAAAAUCCUGAUCGACAAAAUAUGUCUCUUUGCUGAAUGCGGCAUAUUUAUUGAGUAUUGGUUUACAGUUAAAGAUAUCAGAUUUUGUUGCUGGUCAGCAAAAAAAAAAAAAAAAAAAAAAAAAAGAAAAAAUUGCCAAGUGUCAAUUUUAGUGUAUGAAUAUAUUUAUACCACACGUGCUGAGUAAACAUUCAGUGGAUAGAUUCAGAGCUAUGGGGUACAGAAACAAACAAAAAGGAUCAUCUAGAUACAGUAGCAGCUUUUAUAUGUAUACGUUUGAAGAUCUAUUUACACAUGACAUUUGUCUGACUUGGUAUGUCAGAUCAUAUGUUAAUAACUUUAGCUGGAUACACGUGCAUCUGUUUUGAUAGCUGCCACCUGCAAGUUGGUUAAACAUAGUUCACUGAAGAAUUUGCUUUUUGUUUCCCAAACAGUACUGCAUCCAGAUGUUAAAAUGGAACAAUAAUUGCAAAUAUAAUUUCUGCCUUUAGUUCUGCAGGUGGAAUUUCCAUGAAAGUUUUUAUAAGGAGGCUAUAACAAUAAUAAAGUAAGAUAAGACUAUGUGCCAGUAAUCUCACGUAUAAGAGGGGUGUCUUUCUCCGGAAAAAUCAGUUUUGAGCCUGCCAUUUCUAGGUAUGUUUAGAUUUGAUUGCAUGGGAUAGUCACUUAAGGCCAGAUUUUGGUUCCAGAAGUCCAAACCCUGAGCAAGACCUGGGUUCAGCUUCAUCCAAGUUCAGAGGAAUUUUGAGAAGUAUUUUGGAUAGGUGUUUUGUUUUCACUUACAGAAAACACACUCCAAAAUGGAACAAAAAGGUGUAAUUUGAUCAUGAAUGCUACCAUAUGCAAACAGUAUGUCAUAUAAAUCAGGAGGGACUGAUUCCAUUGCUGGUUAAUCACUAAAAAUUUUCCUUUCAGGCUUACUGCCAAGCAGAACUGAAUCCUCUUGUGAUUCAGACAUAAAUAAAUCAGUAAAUAAGAAAUCAGUAAAUAAGUAGCUUUCUUUAGAUGGCCCAGAUCCCAAUAACAUGUAGCCUUGCAGUCUACCUGUGGUUGCGAGAGGCACGGUGUGGUGUGUUGGUGCUAGCUUUUUCCCCUCUCUCCAGUUUGACUGGAGGAUUUCCCAAGUGUUGACUGCUUGCCCUCAAUUCUGCGUGUCAUCAGAGAAGUGAUGGGGCACCUACACAGAGGUGGGAGUUUGACGCGGGACUGUGGGACAGCCCAUGCCUAGUGUGCAGUGUGGCAUCUGCGUGGGUUGUGCCUAGAUCAUUCCCUAGUAAUCAAAGUAACACCUGAGCUUGCUUUUCUCCACCAGUACCUAUCAUGUGGUAUUGGAGAGGGUGUCUGCAAAUCCCUAUGCUGGUUAGCUUAGUCAUUAACUGUGUAGUUAGGAUAUUUGUAGAAAUAAUGUGUAUGUUGCAUUAUGGCUCAGCAUAUACCUAUCUCUCUAUCUGUGCGUAGGUGUGGGUGUGUAGCACAUCACAUGAGUUAUUGGCAUAUAGAUCCAAGAUAAAACAAACUGUAUCAUGUAACUAUUCCAGAUUUAAUGGCCUCUUCAUGCAAUUUUUACAGACAUAUAACAUUGCACUGGUGCAAAUAGGAAUCAGGCUUACUAUUUCCAGUGGAAGUCCCACUUGCAGAACACCAUACCAAGCUCUCAUCGGUCUGUGCUGAUCACUGUGACAUGCCGUGUGUAUGCAGCUGAGGCUGUCAAAGUUAAACUCAGAAGAACCACAGAGCCUCUUUACUCCUCUUGCACUGCUCUGCUCUCUUGAGUUAUGCUCUUACCUCAUGUAUAUUGGUGCAGGUAGUGGAAUCACACUCAUGGGUGCCAGCUGGCCUUGGAACUGUUCCUAAUUUAGGCCUGAGCCAGCAAAACACUUCUGCAUGCAUUAAUAUGUCCUGCAGGUCAAGAGGAACAUCCUUAUGCCCAAGUAUUUUGCUGACCUGUGACUUCAUGAUCAGAAAGGAGAACUGGGAUGUACUCAAUGCUGUUCUCAUGUUUUUAGUCACUUGAAGAGGGUCUGCAUAAUUUGAUCUCUAAGAAUGGAUUUCUGUUCGGAGGAGAAGUGUGUGUAUGUAUGUAUGUGUCUGUGUGUGUGGGAAGUGUGUAGGUUUUUAAUGUUUGGUUUCUCUUCCUUUACAAAAAAUUGCUCAGAGAGCAGCACUCCUAUGAAUGGAAAGGCCUUCUGUAGCCAGUGCAACACAGUCAUCGUUUACUUAUCUCCAUUUCUUUCAGUUGAAAGGUGAAUCUAAAAUGUGUCCAAUUUUCUACUGCAGUUCUGGUGAAGCUCCACUUUUGACACCAGUGGAAGCAACUGGAUGACUCCAAUGAGAGUGUGGGAACCUGGAUGUGGGGGAAGGUGCUUUACAAGCAGAGAUCACUGGUUGAUGUUAUUUUUGUCCUAUGGAAGCCUAUGUGAAGUAAACUUGCUGGAUCUAAGAUGUGUUGUAAUAUGUACAUACAGUUGAACCUAAUAGCGUCUCACAUAUUAGCCACAAAUGUGGUUUAGAUGGGCAAUGGACAAUUAGCCACAAAUGCUAAUCAAGAAUUGAAAUGGCAGAGGGUGAUUAAAAAUAAUAAAUUCGCCCUGCCAGGGCAAAACACAGCCUUUGAGGGUUAUCUGCUUGUGGGAUUGGAGCAGACCACUGCUCUGUAGAUGCCAAGUCUCUUAUCAGCAGGUGAUGAUGGGAUUGUAAUAAUGGUGGAUCUCACAAGUUAUGUGAUACUGAAAGGGAAAAUUUGCUUACUGAUUUAGUAUCUGCUUAUCAAGUUGAACUAAUGGGUCAGGAGUAAAGUUCAGCUAAUGAAAAAGCCUGUAAGACAAAUUCUUUAUUCUCUUGCUCCUGUAAUAGAUCUUGAAGAGGGGUCAGAGUUGUCGCAGACUUGCACUGAUGUUAAUGUAGAAUUUAACUCGCUUUCAGUAAGAAUGGGGGUGUUGGCUUGGGGAGGACUCUCCACAAUCAAACUUCCAACAUGCCUGUCACUUGUAGUUCUGGAAAAUAUUCUCCUUUGCUACAAAUAGGCAGUCUUGCAGGUAUAAAUUACUUAUAAUUUCUUCAUAAUGUGCAAGUGCAGCAAGAAUAGGAGUGAUUUGGUGAUUCCAGGUGAUCAGAUCUCUGUAUUAUAAAGCAGAAAGCACCAUGAAAUUGAAAAUUAGGUUUAGCGUAAAUGGAGUUCCCAGCAUCUUCACUAUAUAAAAUUUAAGUGUGUGGUGAAUAACUCAAAGUUUUUGGUGCCCCCCACCAGCUUCUAUGAUGGCAGCACUGCAGGUUUAGAUGAUAGUUUGCUGGUAAUGUCGGAAGAAGAGAAAGUGAAUCUGGCUGAAUCGCCUUUGAAAUGUUAAUAUACCACACUGGCUACAUUAAGGCCUUUUGGCUUUGUAGAAAUGUGCCCGUUUGCAGUGGUCUCAGGCACUAUAACAAUGCAGUACGAGAAAAUGGUUGUUAUUUUAUUGAGCUUGAUCCUUACCUGGUGUAAGUUAACGUAGGUCAACUGAAGUCAAGGCAGUAAUACUGGUGUCUAUCAGCUGAGAGCUGGCUCAAAUAAGAGAAGGAACAAAAUCCUUCUAACUGGCUUGAGAUUUAACUAUGUUUGUUUUGAUAUGCAUGUAUAUCAGUUGUGAUUACAGUACUUACACUGCUAAGAAAUGUUCUCAUGUGGGAUGAUUCCCCUGUAUUUUCCAGCUCAUAGCAUCAUUUGAAACUUAAUGAAAAGUGAGUAUCUAAUGCUUCCCCUCAUCCAAGAGAAAAAUGUGGAUUUGAGGGACCUUUGGCUCACACUUAGCACAGAUGUGAAGUGACACAAGGUGCAAAGCAGUGGGGAGGGAAACCCCAAGUGUUUAAAGCUGAUACAGAACCACAUUGAUCAAAGCAUAUUUAUGGCCAUCUUUUAACCUCAGUGCAUGCAUUGCCAUCUGUGGGAGUAGCCUGCAGAGCAGACAGUCCUAAAUGUAAAAAGGAAAAAGAAAAGAAAAUAAUCUGCUCCUCAUCUGAAUGAGUGAGCAUAACAAUGAAUGAUAUUUCAUGAACUGUACCAGUUCAAAUGCAUGUGCACCUGGUGCUCCUAAUGCUUUUUACUCCUGUUGGUCUUUAGACAACGUGAUCAGUAAUAUGCUUUCUCUUUAAUCGUUUGCUGGUUUUUAUUGUUGUUAUUUUGUUUUUUAAAAAAAAAAAUUUCACUGAAAAAACAGCCCUACUUCUGUAAAUAUAGUUUAAUUUGGAGGAGACAGCACACUUCUGGAUGUUACUGCUGGACAGUUAUUUAUUAAAAGGGGCUUAAGGUGAAUAAAUACAGGUGGCUCAGGAUACAUGCAUGCAAGUGUGAUAAUGCAGUAUAGCAUUUUCAGUUCUCGGUAGUUUCGGGAAAGGGGAAUUUUAGGGUCAUCCUAGUAUGUUUAGAAGUUUGUUACUGAUCUGAUACUUUUGAUACUGCAAUAGAUUCCUAACAUUUAACACUGCUUGAAGAGAUGUGUAGGUUAUGAUAGAUUUUUCAUUUUGGGGGGAGGGGAUAGUGAAGGAGAAAGGUUUUUGUUUUUAAGGGAAAAACAAUGUACUGUACUAAAUUCUUUUAAAAAAAAAAAGUGUGUUUUCAGAAACAGUGGGGAUGGGGGCUGACAGACAGCCAGGGAACAGAGACGAGGGACAGAGAAACCAGUUUGAUUUUUGAUGGACAAAGAAGUUUUAAAUGGGGGUGUGGGGGGUUGUUAUUGAUACAUGUGGUACCAAUUUCUGUAACUGACAUGCUGCUUCCAUGUUAUAAUCAUAUAACCUUUAUGCAUUUUACGCGCCUGCUCCAUUUUUCUGAGAAAACCUCGCAAAUGUAAUGCCUGCAUGCAAAUGUGGGAGAUGUAGCCAACGUCUUGUAAUCCAACAUAAUGUAGUCGUAAUGGAUUCAAAAUCAACAAUAAAAGUGCU